AUGCGAGGAAAAUCGCUGUGCCUAGUGGUCCUGGCAGUGGCAGUGGCCCGCGGACAGGAUAGCGCGAAUUUUAAUAAAUGUGUACAGAGCUGCCAGCAGGCCAACAACGAGGAGCUCAACGAAGUCUGCGACAAGGAAUGUCAAAGCAGUUGCACAGAAGGAUGCCAAUCUUGGCGGAAAGCUCUGGGCAGCGACUGCGCAGCAGUCUGCGCGUUUCGACUUGCGUGGACCGUAUCCACCCAGUUCGAGUCGUUAUUCACUGUCGCAUCGACGGUGAAAACUUCGGAGUUUGGACCGCCGCAGGGCGCACCUCAAAAAGUUACGUGCGCUCUCACCACGCACAAUCAAGUGGCAGUUUCCUGGAGACCCCCCGCAUAUCCUGCCAGCGCACAGAUUUCUUAUUUGCUCGAAACUCGAGACGACCAAGGAAAUCCACCUCUAGUUCAUGAAUUGACGACAAAUUCUUCAGACGAUCAAAUCGUAGGAUAUGUGUUCCGAGCUCUCGAACCGAGCAGGAAAUACCGCGUGCAAGUGCAAGCCUCGAACAGGCAUGGCAAAAGUGAAAUGGCGUUCUGCGAGGUCAAGACAGCCGAGCCCGAGUUGAACGUAGACGAGGGUCAAGCCUUCGCCGCUAGCGGGAGACAUUUAUACAAGUUCGUGCUCGGGAAAGCCUCGGGUUGGGGUGAUGUGGUCUUCACCCUCCCCGAUGACGAUUCAGUCAUCACCGGAAUCGCCAGCAAUCUCCAGUCGAGGAUACUCUACAUCUCGGAUGGCAAGCGAGUCUACGUCGUCGACAUGGAUAGGACGGAUUUGAGCCUGAUCCCGAAAGUUCUCCCGAUCGACGCCGGCAGGCCCUCGCUGCUUUCGUACGACUGGCUGAAUAAACGUUUGUUCCUGUUCGAAGAGAUGUCCUGGCAGAUCAGGUCGUGUAACAUCGAAAGGGACUUCCGAUGCACUUCUGUGGUUCAUGGUUUCGACAAAAUGUCGUCCCCGACGAAAGUGAUCGUCGAUCCUUACAACGGCUUUCUGUUCUGGAUGAAUGACGAUCCCGUAACGGCAGAGAACGUGGUGUACAGGGCGGAUCUCAUACUCGCCGAAGAAGAUAAUGCACUCCACUGGCGGAAAGCUGAGGAGGUUCACCGCGCGAAAAAUAUUCGUUCGUUUGAAAUCGACUUCGUGCGGUUCCGCCUAUACGCUCUCGACAUCGGCACCGAAAGUAUCUAUUCGAUGGACAUUGACUCCGGAAAGAACAUUGAAAACGUGCGCAAUCAAUGGAGUUUCUACGGCAAUGCCUCGGAUAUGGUUUAUGCCAACGAUCAUUUCCACCUAGCAACGUCCGAUGGCUUCUACGAGGAGACGAGAGCUGCCAACGACAGAACAUAUGCUACUUACAGCCGUUGCAAUAAUCAUACCGUUUUCCGGCUCGCUGUCGUCGACCACAGAAGCGCCCAGCCUGUCCCCUCACCGGCGACACCGGUGGAGAACGUCCGAGCUCUAUUUUCUGUGGACUCUGUCAGAGUACUUUGGGAUGCUCCACAUCCGUUCAAAUGGCAAGGUCGAGGUGUUUUCCAGAAAUUCCUCUACGCCGUGGACGUAACCGAGCUACUCUCGGGUAAACAGUUCGAACCCGAGGGAAACUUCAAGAACCGGCAAGCGACAAUCAAAGCCCUCAAAAGCAAUACUCUGUACAGCAUCAAGGUCCGAGCGUACAAUCAUCUGGGCGCUCCCGGUCCCGAAUCCGCCCCUUUCGUCGGAAGGACUUUCUCAGAGAGUCCUCUUCAACUUGCUUGGAGUCUUACGGGGAGCGAACGCACUGUUGUCGCAUCUGACGUCAUGGGAGACCAUGUCUCACAGUUGGUCAGUCCGCGACUCGUCCAGGAUAGCGAUGUGAACGCGAUCGCGUGGUACGAGAACACUCUAUUCCUGGGACGCAACCGGUCCAGUUUGAUCCGUGUGGACUUCAACCAGGGAUCGAGCUCUGAAAUUCCCAGCGUGACGGGCGUCACUUGCAUGGCCAUCGAACGCUACGCGCAGAAAAUCUAUUGGGGAUCACUCGAUAAGAGAGCGAUCUUCAGAUGCAAUUUCGACGGUUCUCAUAUCGAGAGGGUCGUGCAAAACUUCGUACCACAUUCCAUUGCGGUGGAUAGCGCCCGCGGAUUUUUGGUCUGGGCCGAUCAGUACGGCGUUUACACCUCGAAACUCAGCGGCGAGUCGCUGAGGGUCAUCUAUCAGAAUCACGUAAACAGCGGUCGACUCGUGCAAGGGGUUGCUUAUGAUUCGAAGCUGGGAGUAGCCUACUGGACUAGCAGAAGCAUCGAAGGCGUUCAUGUGAGAUCUGACCGAUUGAUGGAAGAGAAAUAUCCUCUGCCACCGGCUGUCCCGCUCCUGGACAGCUCACUGAAAGGCCCUGCGAUGUAUCUGGAUGGUCGUCUCCUCUGGUUCGACGGACGCUUGCAACCGGUGGUCACGCUGCCGAACGGGAGCUAUCCAGCUCAUUUUGAUUUCCAGAGCUCCAGCAGAAGAAACACUCGACAGCACGAGGACUUCACAGAGACUUUGGCUGUAGCUCAGCAGAUCCGCCAGAAUAAUAAAAUGAUGGUGAUUCCGAGAAACAUCGAUGUGAACGAAAUCAAAGUUCGAGGCUCUUGGCAAAACUUCACAAUUUACUGGCCGAAAGAACAGUCCACGCAAGUGGACGUCUUCUACAAGUUGCGAAUCAGUGCUUGCGAGGAGAACCAGUCUCAGUGUUGCUCGAUGCAAUUGGCCAAGCCCGUACACAUAUUGACCAAUGAGCGGUUCCUCUUCACUGGUAGUCUGCGACCCUACACAAAACUUGCGAUCUCGCUGCAAGCCUACACCCAUUGGGCUAGUACCGAGAGCGUCUGCCGAGAAGUGCGCUCGCCCGAAAGCAUCCCGACAGCUCCUCAGAAUCCCAAAGUCUUCAUUGCGCACAGAACCACUUUCCCUCCCUCGAAUGACUCGAGUCCCGAGGCUGAGUUCCGCUGGUCUGAGCCCGAGCAUCCCAAUGGAAAGAUUCUGGGAUACGUUCUGAACUGCUGGUACCAGAAUAAUGGAACGGGCGAGAUCAGCGUGUGGAAGGAUCGCAGAGUGGUCGGACAAUCAUUCAGCAUCACGAGCUUGGUUCCAAAUAGCACAUACUUCUUCAAAGUGAGCGCUUUCACUUCGGCGGGAGAAGGGCCUGCGUCGCCCCCUUUAUCGAUCAACAGCGAUGAAGAGCAGCCUGUUCCGCGACUGAUCGUCGUAGAUCGUCACUCCGUACAAGUGAGCGAUGUGGAUAAUGGAAAUGUCACUCUAGUCUCCAACAAGGUUAAGAAUCCGGUCGGCAUCGCCUACUUGGAUAAAACAGUUUUCUGGCUGGAACAGAAUGGCCCAAUUAUGGCUUCGGACAUGGAUGGAAGCAAUAUUACGGUGAUCCACAGCCCUAAGAAAACUGGAACAUGCCUAACAAUCGACUGGGUCGCUCGUAAGCUGUAUUGGGCGGAAUACGACGUUGACGCAUCGGUCUCGAAAAUUUCCGCGCUCGAUCUGGGGAACGGGAAAAGCGUCACAACUAUCCUCGAGCUGCCGAAACAGCACGUGAACUCGCUGGAAGCAGAUCCUUUCACCAGCACAUUAAUCUACACGAUUUCGAGAACUCCGAGGGAAGCUGCUGCAAUCAUGCUCGCCUCGAUCGACGGCUCCAAUCAGAGACCCCUGUUUCCACCGAGGCGUCGUCGCGCUUCGAAUUGCCAAUGCUCAGCCAGGGCUCUGAAAGCUUCGGUUGUGGCGCUGGACCCCAAGUCGAAGAAAGCUCCGGGCUACGUUUACUUCGCGGACGCUGAGACCGGAAAUAUUUGGAGCGCCGAUCUUCACGGCUGUGCAUGCACCCUCGUGGCGAAUGCGAGCCUCGUCGAAGGUCUCCCUCCAGACUACAUAACUGUGGACAAGCAGCGAGUCUACUGGAGUCAACAAGGCCGCGAGGAGGUGUUCAGUCUGCUCAAGGAGAGUUCCGAGAUCGGGAGUGCGAAAAUCGCUCACGGGGUUCGUAACAUACGAGCGCUCAAUCAACAGAGAUACCCGGAUUCGUCAUGCAUGGAGAUCGGAGCUCCAACGACAGCCCCUGCGUUGGUGAUCGACAAGUCCGCUUCACUACAAGUCGAGGUGUUCCCUCCAGACAUUGCGGAGCAUUGCUCGAAUAUUUCGAGACCGACGAUCCGUUACGUACUGGUGUACAAAAGAACAGGCUGUUUGUCUUCUGCUGAAAUCUGCCAACAAAAGAAGGUGAGCGACUCUGCCACUCCGGUCAUCGAGGGGUUGACACCGAACACCAAUUAUACCGUCACCUACUCGUACAUUGAUCCCUACACCCAGGCCCUUCACGGACCGUCUUCGCCAUCGAUUUUCUCGACAGAUGACGGAGCGCCGGAACCUGUCAAGAAUCUGAAGGCGGUCCCUCUGACUCCGUCUUCCAUCGGGAUCCGUUGGGCGACCGAGUCGAGUCGCACGAAACGACCCCCUCAGUUCGAGCUCCGCUAUAGCGAGGUGAAUUCUACUCAUCCCCAUAACGUGACCGUGAUUCCGAAUAAGAGAUUCGGCACCGACUUCAGCAGGACAAUCGAAGACCUCAAAUGGAACACCACCUACAGAUUCGAGGUCAUCGCGAUCAACUCCGACAAACCGGGAAUGCGAAGCGGGCCGAGUACAGUUCUGGGGAGAACCUUCGAAUCGCCCUCGGACCUCAGGGCGGUGAAUGUCUCAUCUCGCCAGAUGGAGCUGAAGUGGAAAUCCGGAAAACAAGGUCAAUCUCGGCACAGUUUGGAGUAUUCUCUCGAUGGGGUGAAAUGGGACCACGUCAGAGACAACCGAUCAUCCCAAGACACCAGACCGGACCACGAGCACAUUUUCAGGAUCAGUGAUCUCCAGCCCAAUCAGAAGUAUUGGUUCCGACUCCACAUAUCGUAUCUCAGCUCAGAAGGCGCGGUAAUGAAUCACUUCGUGUGGCCUCCUGUGGACAGUGGGAAAUCUUUCGUUUUCCACACCUUGGAAGAAGCCCCGAGUCCUCCCGGAUCGCCAACUUUCCAAGUGAACUCCAAUUUGUCGUGGGAAAGCCCUGAACAGCCGAACGGGAACGGCCCGCUGCACUAUGAACUCCAGUAUAGGACUGUCGACAAUCAUACGACCUCAGCGUGGGCUGAGCUCUACAGGGGGCCGAACAAUCAUUUCCAGGGCAGUGGGUUAUCUCUGGAGAAACUCUACGAAUUCCGCGUGAGGGCCUCCAACUCUGCCGGUCACUCAGCUUGGUCUCAGAGCGAUUCGCUGCGUAUUCCCGACGUACCGGUCGCUUACUCGAAGGAUCAGCCAAGCUUCGAAUCGAUUGUGACGGUCGUCUUCGUCUGCGUUCUCCUGCUGAUAGUUUCGGGAGCAAUUGUAAUUCAUAAGCUGCUGCAACCAAAGACGAAAACGACGAAUCCAGAUAUCGGCCUAGUCAGGAUAGACCGCUUCCCGGUUUGCCAGAACUUCGUUCAUCAACACAACGAGCUAUACUUCUGCGGAGUCACACUCUCGGACCCCGAGCUCUCGUCGUUACCCAUGAUCCAGCGAGAUCAGAUCCGCUUGACGAAAUUUCUCGGAUCGGGAGCGUUCGGCGAAGUAUUUGAAGGAGUGCUAUACGGAGAUACUGCGCAGAAAAUCGCAGUAAAAACUCUGAGGAAAGGCGCCGGAGAAAUGGAGAAGCACGAGUUCCUCAAAGAGGCCAAACUCAUGAGCAAUUUCCGGCACCCGCACAUUCUCCAACUCCUGGGCAUCUCGUUCGAUGACGAUAUGAGCUUCAUAGUGAUGGAGCUUAUGGACGGCGGCGACCUACUCUCCGUUCUCAGGAAUUGUCGCAACAAGGUGAGGGGUGAACCGAGCCUGUCGCUGGAAGACCUCAUCGGCAUCUGCGUCGAUAUAGCGAAAGGCUGCAAGUACCUGGAAGAAAUGAGAUUCGUGCAUCGCGAUUUGGCUGCUCGCAACUGUUUGGUUUCCACCGACGGAGACAGGCGAGUCGUGAAGAUAGGCGACUUCGGCUUGGCGAGAGAUGUUUACAAGAGCGACUACUACAGAAAAGAAGGCGAAGGUCUUCUGCCGGUCAGAUGGAUGGCACCCGAAGCCCUGGUGGACGGUGUCUUCACCAACUGCUCCGACGUAUGGGCCUUCGGCGUCCUAAUGUGGGAAGUGAUGUCCCUCGGUCAUCAGCCCUACCAAGCCAUGAGCAAUUACGACGUCCUGAACUUUGUUCGCGGCGGCGGCUUGCUCGCGUGUACUGUCGGAUGUCCGGCUGAGAUGUACGAGCUCAUGUUGUGCUGCUGGAGAUACAACCCAGAGGAGCGACCGAAGUUCUAUCAUAUCGUUGCGUCGCUGGAGAACUUGGUCAAUGCGGCGAAUUCGUUGACCGUGUACAUGCCUCCCACGCAGCAGAACUACAUUAUACCGUCAGGACAGCAAAACAAGCCUCUCGAGUCUCCUCGUCUCACCUCGGUUCCACUAUUGAGCAUCGGAAUCGACAACUUCGCGUACGAGCCGUCUUCGGUGACGUCGUCCGCAAGCUCGGUGCUAUCUUUCCCGCCCGGAUUGUCGAGCUACUCUCGAGCUCGCUCUCUGGAUACCAUAACGGAGGUGGAUGACGUGAGAAAGAUUUAUAGCCAGCGUUACGCAUGGCUCGAUCACAACGUCGUCACGUCCGCUUUAGUCAAAAGCGACGAGAUGGAGAAGACAGCAAAACUUCAACGGGUUCUCGAGGAAGAAUCCAAGUCAUCGUCGUGUUCUGAUUUGAGUGCAAUCAAUUCGGACGAAUCGAAAGAUAUCUGGGUCUAA